AUGAAUGAAAUGGACAAAGAAAUGGAAUCUUCGACUCCAAGGAUUGUAACUGCUGGUGCUCACGAGCCACGAGGAAAAGCGGAGGAACAACAAACGCUGAAUGACAAUCAACGAUUCUUCCAACUCAUUGAAGCAAGACCUUCCGAUGAUGAAACACCACUUUUGCAUGUAUUAUCGCAAUCAUGUAAGACUAAAUACAUGCACAGAAUACACAAAUGGAUUAUUUUGAAAGGAUUUCGAAUCAUGAAAAAUCCUAAAUUUAAUCAAGUGAUAAAUAAUUAUUUCCCAUUCAUGAGUCACACAAAUUUUAAAAUUUUAUUAUUUCUAUCAUUGGUUGGAUAUUCUUAUUUCAAGAUGAAAAAUCUCACUCCUUCUAAUCAUCAAAUCUAUCGUAUGAUUGAUAAUAUUUUGUUUAUUCUCAUCAUUUCGGCCAAAAACUUUUACCACAACCUCUUUUCUAAGGGAUUUAGGAGUGACAAGGAAAAUUUACUCAAGUAA